AUGACAGUGGUCAACAACGGGAAACAUGGCGACACUCAGUGGCGAACCCAGGGGUGUUGCCCUAGUUUUGACUGUGCGAGCAAGGUGUUAGAACUAGGAGUUGAUCCGUCUCGUAUCAUCUACGCCAAUCCGUGCAAACAAAACUCACAUCUGACUUACGCCAAGGAGCACAAUGUAGACCUGAUGACCUUUGACACUGAGGAGAAGUUGAUCAAAGUCAAAAUGUUUUCCAACGCAUUUGCGUCGGCAAUCAAAGAAGCUCGGAAGAUAUUUGACAUAGGACUACAUAUCGGCUUUGACAUGAACGUCCUGGACAUUGGAGGUGGAUUCCGAGGGAGAUAUGUUGAACGACCGACUAUAGAAGAAAAUGCAGAGGUUAUAAAUCAGUGCCUUGAUGAUUAUUUCCCUGAAGCAGGCGGAGUAAAAAUAAUUGCUGAGCCAGGACGUUACCUUGUAGAAACUGCUGUCAGUACUGCAGCCAAUAUCAUAGGCCGGAAGCUUAUCUAUGAUAAUGAUAAAUCCAGUAUUGUACAUGUUAUGUACAUCAUUAAUGAUGAAGCGUAUGGUACCUUUGCGUGGGUAAAAGAAGUCACGGAGGUGUUUGUAAUGUCACCAGUUCUUAACAAGGCGAGUAAAGAGAAACACCACAGCACGGUAUGGGGUCCAACAAUUUGUGGCACUGAUUUGCUUAGCAACAGACAUGCCACUACCACUGAUGGAGGUCGGAGAGUGGGUACAGAUCAGUUACGCAGGAUCCUACUCGUUCAGCUGCAGUACCAACUUUAA